AUGGUUCACAAGGACUGGCUCGGCAAAGGAAACGACGCCUAUCACUUGAUUUCUCCUAUCACACCAAAGUCGGACAUUAGUACUGGCGAAUUAUCAUCGGUCGCACCCCCCUCCGCCCCAAGAAGUCGAUAUUGGACGCGAACAGUCAUUGGCCUGCUUGUGCCCCUCAGCGUCACGGGCUACUACUACUGGAUAUGGCAAUACCUUCUGUCCCGACCGCAAGAUGAAGCAAUCAAAUUUGGGUCAACAACCGAGAUUUGGGUGUAUUAUUCCUGGUUCAUUAUCGGUGUUUUUGCCCUGGAAUGGUCGAAGCAUGGCCUCGUCGGAGUUGAAGUUGCCAUGCUAGAGACGAAGACGUUUGGGGCGCGUCAUCUGGUCGCACUCUUAAGCCACAGCGAGGGGACCUGGAGCGGACCUGGCGGCUGGUUCAAAUGCAUCACAAAAGCCUUCAAGAAGAAUCAAAGCGGAGCCAAGACCAGCCUGGGAGAUUCUCUGAAGACCUACAAACUCUGGUACAUCCUCGCCUUCAUCAGCCUGUCUUUGUACGUCGGAAUGCCCCUCUCGGGUCUGACUAUGGAGCUAUCCGAUGGAUAUAUUCGGUUGAAAGAGGCUCCGAUGGUAGUUGGCCGAAGCUCGACAAAUUUUCACAAGAGAUAUGAAAUACAGGGCGAAACCAUCAACGCGCCGCAGGCUCUGUGGCAAAUGGGAUCCCCUGUCACACUGCCUGGUAUUGGAAUCAUAUUCACUCCAGACUAUUUCAACCGUGAAGGCCACGACAAUUUAGCUGAGACUCCAAAUCGUCUCCCAACAGACCAAAGGAUUCCUGAGAUGUUCAUCGUACCGCAGGCGCUUGGGCCGAUUUCUGGCAGGCCCUGGGGCCUUCGAGUCGGAUGCAACUGCUCAAUCGUCGAGGAUGUUUCUGAGUUUACUGUUCUGGGCCACUACACGGGUCAAUGGUGCCAUUCGUUUUGGAGUAUAAAUGGGAACUUGACAAAACCAUGCGCCACAGCUCAAAUGUUUGAUCGCACCAACAUAUGGUCAUACUCCGAGGUGGGGACCAGGUUGGACGUGAAAGAAACACAGGGUUCCCAGGAUACCAUUGGCAACAAACAGGAGCCGCUCGUCUCAACUGACACCCAAGUCAAUGUUCUUGAAUGGGCCGUCUGGCAGGCACGAACCAAUGCUUCAAUUGAUGCUACAGUUGAUGGUAAAGUUAUCGAAAUUGAGAAUUACAACAGUACUGUCGGCACCACCGUCCAGGGUAUCGGCUCACCUUUCAUGAAGGCUAGGAACGGGUCCUGGGUCAUGAAUACCACGUUCUUCGAACAAAGGAAGUAUACAAACGAAGUGGUUAUCACAACAAAGAAAAAUGUAACGGAGGAUACUUGGAACAAACUUGAUCACCCCCGCGGCACCAUCCAAGCUGCUGCUGCCAUUGGAGUCCGCUGCACCGUAAGAUCGGUGUUCGGCUUAGCAACGGUCGAUGCAAGAACAUCCAGCUUUUUCGAUUUCAAAAACGAAGAUCCGACUCCGUAUAACGAUCCAGAAGUAAAUGCGGAAGAACCGGUGAGCCGACUAGGCACCAUUGUGGAGUCUGUGGCAAUGGCGGCCAGUCUAGAGGACAUUUUCGCGUCAAUCAACAUUCGAGCCACGAAGUCUGAGUCAAACUCAGUUUUAGUUUCCAAUUUUGUAACCUCAGAAGAACUGCAGAAGUCGGUCUACUUGGCAUGGAACCAAGAAGUUCUUAACCACAUGUACGACAACGUCUACGGUUUCGAAAACAGCUGGCCUUACGCAAGCUUGACUUCGUCCAAGAAAGGCAAAGUCUUGACGAAGGGGGAGCUCCCGCCGUACAUUGGAGGAAAGACCAUCAUACAGAAACUGAAGCCUGCCGUGUUCGGCACCUUCGGCCUGCCCCGCAUCGGUGCCGAGGACGAGUGGCCAAUCCCGUCGCGUGAGCACCCGGAAGCGGGUCAACCGCAACAUCCGACACUUUCGGACGGAACAUGCGGCACCAAGCAGGCAGCAACAUCUUUGCAGCAGGCUGCCAUAUUGAAGCAGAUAGAAAAGAGACGACGAAGAUCCAAAUUUCUCAAGCGGCUGAUGUUAACCGUCCCAACUAUCAGUCAACCAAUCAAGUGUAAGUUCAGCCACUACCAGCCCCUUUGCUCAACGUGUGAAGCGAGUCUGACAUCCUUCAGUGGCGCCGAGAUGACUUCUCCAACCAACCAAGAAAGCUCAAAGCUAUUCGAACUGCCAUGGGAGAUCAGGGAACGUAUCUACGAAUACUACCUCACAUUCGACCAUGACGACUUCGGGGACACCCUCCGGCCUCUACAUCUUUACAUCGAGCAGGGAGGUUACUCAAAACCAAUCCCUCCCCUGAUGCUCACAUCCAAGCGCGCUUACCGAGAGCUCCAUCAGCGAGUCCAUUCGGAUGCCGUCAUGCGGGUGCACACAGCGGGCUGGGGCGACCGGCGCAUCGGCUUCGCCGUGCAUGGGAAGCUCCGCUUCGAACGCCUGCGCCGGCUGUAUGUGCUCGUCGCCAUGGAGUACCCCAAUUGGAACCGUUGGCUAGGAAUGCUCGGUGAAGUUGCCCGGCGAGCAACGAAUUUGAGCGAGUUGGUUGUAGAUUGGGAGCCGAGGCCGAGCAGCGGCAACACCAAGGUGUGGGAGGUGAAGCUAACGGAGAGAAAACACGACGAAUUCUUUAGAAUUAUUUCAGAUUUAAAGAAUCUUCAAGUGGUCAGGUUUCAUGGCGAUAUGCCAGCAGGAUGGAGGGAUCGAUUUGCGAGGGAAAUUUCAGCCAGGCUGGUUUUAUACAAAUCGAAAUGGUGGAAAGAACCGGGAAUGGAAUAG